AUGGAGCAGAACUUUGCACGCAAUCAGACAAAAGAUUGCGACAGAGUAACUGGGAAGACAGCAACUUCAAACGAUAAGCUGCUUGGGUGCUGUCUCCCAGAUGCAUCUGUCGGGCAGAGUCUCAAAGGAGCAGAACUUUGCACGCAAUCAGACAAAAGAUUGCGACAGAGUAACUGGGAAGACAGCAACUUGAAGCGAAGUUUUGUUUUCGAGUCUUUGGUUAAGAAAUCUUAA